AUACGUUAUUUACAAGGUGUCUGACGACAAGACCCAAAUUGUUGUCGAGGAAGCUGGCCCUUUGGACGAUGGUACCCAAGCCGACUACGAAAAGUUUACUGAAAAGUUACCCGAAAACGAAUGCAAGUACGCCGUUUACUUGUUUGAAUACGAUAUCGGUAAGGGUGAAGGCUCCAGAUCCAAGUUGGUGUUUUUCACUUGGACUCCCGAUACUGCCCCUGUUAGAUCUAAGAUGAUCUACGCUUCCUCUAAGGACGCCCUCAAGUUGGCUCUUAAUGGUUUGUCUCUGGACAUCCAAGGUACCGACUUUUCCGAGGUUUCGUACGAAACCGUCCUCGAAAAGGUCUCUAGAGGUGCUGGCUCUCAUUGA